GCGGCGCUGUGCCCGCGGCCCCGCUGCGGCCCGGGCGGGACAUGGCCCCGCGCUGCCGCCCCGCUCCCGCCGCGAUGCCCAAGAGAGGGGCCCGGAAACGCCUCAAGUUCCGCGCUGACGACGUGUGUUCCGAACGCGUGACGGUGGCAGAUUAUGCAAACUCAGACCCUGCUGUCGUGAAAUCCGGGCGGGUGAAAAAAGCUGUGGCCAAUGCAGUCCAGCAGGAAGUAAAAUCCCUCUGUGGUUUGGAAGCUUCUUGUGUUCCUGCUGAGGAAGUUCUGUCUGUGUCAGGAGAAUCCUGUGACAGCAGUGAUGAAAUGGAUGCAAAGGAAAGCAUCAAUGGGCGAGCUGCCUCCAGGAAAAAGAAGAGCAAAAGGCACAAAGAAGAUCCUGAAGGAGGUGGUGGAGAGGAAUACCCAAUCGAUAUCUGGCUGUUGUUGGCUUCCUACAUUCGCCCUGAAGACAUUGUCCGGUUUUCUUUGAUUUGCAAGAAAGCCUGGACUGUUACUUGCACUGCUGCCUUUUGGACCAGGCUCUACAGAAGGCAAACUGUCUGCAAGGAAUUACUGGGGAACUGUAGCAGGAUAUGUGUGUGCUGGAAACCUCUCUGCUGCAGGCACUACAGUCUGGACGCGUACCUGCCCCUCCGCUUGCGGCCGGAGUCCAUGGAGAAGCUGCACUGUCUCCGUGCCUGUGUCAUCCGGUCGCUCUACCACAUGUAUGAGCCCUUUGCCUCUCGAGUCUCCAGGAAUCCAGCUAUUCCAGACAGUACUCCCAGCACUUUAAAAAAUUCCAGAUGUCUGCUUUUCUGGUGCAAAAAGAUUGAAGGGAACAGACAAGAAGCAAUGUGGGAAUUCAACUUCAAGUUCAAAAAGCAGUCUCCCAGAUUUAAGAGCAAGUGUUGCAAAGGGCUUCAGCCACCAAUUCAGUAUGAGGAAGUCCACACAAAUCCGGAUCAGGAUUGCUGUCUGCUGCAGAUCACCACCUUUAACUUCAUAUUCGUGCCAAUAGUCAUGGGUAUGACUUUUACCUUGUUCACCAUCAACGUGAGCACGGACAUGCGGCACCACCGCGUGCGCCUCGUGUUCCAGGACGCCCCCGUGCGCAACGGCAAGAAGCCCCGGCUGGAGCAGGGCCUGCAGGUGGUGCUGGACCCCGUGCACAGCGUCAGGCUCCUGGAUUGGUGGCACCCACAGUACCCCUUCUCUCCCAAAGCUUAGUGCUGUCCCUUGGCCGCAGGAGCCGGCAGCUGAUCCCAUCUGGCUGAAGAGAGUUUCUUGGCGAACGCAGGAAAUCCUACUUUUAUGUGUGAAAUAAAUUCUGCAGUCUCCUGCGAGUGGCUGGAGCUGCUCAUCUGGUCUGUAUGUAUAUAACUUCUGGUCAGUGAUGGGCAGAGCUGAGUGUAAAGCAGGAACUAUUUGUAAACACACUUUUAUGUAAAACUCACCUUUUAUGAUUUGCAAGGAGCUCCCUGGAACUGUUCAUUUAAAAACCUUUUGGUGCUAAUCAAA